UUUCGACAACCGGAUCUUGCUUGGCCCCAUCAGUCACUGUAAGUCGGGUGUUUGAGGAGCUGAACGUUGAACAAGCUCGACAUGUCGCGAGGAGCCAUGUUUAUCCUAUUUGCAUUUUUGACCCUGUCCAGCUUCCAAAGUGCCCUUGGAGGGAGCUUACUCUUUGACGAUUGCCCUUCGGGAUCUUCGGGUGAGGUUCUGGACGUGAGGGUUACCGAUUGUUCCGAGGAUUUCUGCGACCUAGUCCUGGGGACUAAAGUCAUGGUCGAGAUUGACUUCAUUCCCAGUGCUUCUUUGGAAACUUUGAACACCGAGGUGUACGGCAUCAUUUCUGGCGUGUAUAACAAGUACGAGGAUGUACCAAAAGAUACCUGCUCAACCUUGGCUAACGGGUUUGCAUGCCCCCUUGAGGCCGGGGUUAUGGCAACAUAUGCCUUCGAAGCAGAUGUCCGUGAGGAAUACCCUGCGAUUCCGUCGAUCACGGUGGAGUGGAGCUUAAAGGAUGACCAAGACAACUCCGAGAUUUGCUUCCAAGCUCUAGCAGCCCUCAUCGAAGGCCUGCCUAAAUAGCCAAAGCUCUGACCUCCGUCGGUCGUCAUCGUGACAGAUGAUCUGCUCAUUAUCUAAGUUAAAAACUUUGCCCUGUCAUUGCAUAGUCCAAGGAGUUGAGCCAAUAAACACAACAACCUACGA